AUGGGAGGAGGAGACUUUGGCAAGUUAUCAGACCUGCUGGAGACGGCUCAAAAACAUUCUACCACUGUUGGUAAAGUCUGGCUCGCCGUGCUGUUUGUCUUCCGCAUCUUCGUCCUGGUAACAGCUGCUAAAGAAGUGUGGAGUGACGAGCAGUCCAAUUUCUUAUGUGACACUAACCAACCAGGCUGUCAACUUGUUUGUUACGACAAGACCUUCCCAAUUUCUCAUGUCCGCUUCUGGGUGAUGCAAAUCCUUUUUGUCUCCACACCAACGCUUAUAUACCUGGGAUUUGUUGUCCAUCAAAAACACAAAGAGAAGAAUAAUACUCAAAAUAAUCAAAGCAAUAAUGAGGAAGAAAGCAAAGGGAAAGAAAACAAUAUCAGGGCUUCAUUGGGAAGAAAAGAAGCAAAGGAAUUGCUGCUGGAAGGUGGUGCCCGGAAAGCGUACGCCUUCAACAUUAUUUUCAAGAUUGUGUUUGAAGUGGCCUUCCUUGUAGCUCACUACUUCCUGUAUGGAUUUGGCCUGGAUCCGAUGUACAGCUGUGACCGCUGGCCCUGCCUCACCAAAGUGUUCUGCUAUGUGUCCCGACCCACGGAGAAAACAGUCUUCAUCAUUUUCAUGCUUCUUGCAGCUGUAGUAUCUCUGCUGAUCAACAUAGUGGAGGGGGUUCGUCUAUGUGAUAAGAAAGCAACUGUACAUGAUGUUUCAAGUACAGUCUCUGUAAAGGGGAGCACCAGCACCUAUGUGUAG